GCCCCGCUGGGUUCUUGAAAGCUAAAGCGUGGCAGGGGCCGGGCCGGGGAAGCGGAGGAGGCGGGUCUCCAUAGAAACCUCCACCUGUUUCCGGCCAGGCUGUGCGCGAUUAGGGGCUGUUAACGGGGCCAAUCUCAGCCAGCUCGCCUUUUCCCGGCGGCCUCUGCGGGAGUGGUGGGUGUUGUACACAAUCAUCAUGGCGGCGGCCGGAGCCCCGGAUGGCAUGGAGGAAACUGGCAUGGAUACGGAGGCCGAGACCGUGGCGACCGAGGGGCCCGCGCGGCCCCUCAACUGCUUGGAGGCCGAAGCCGCGGCGGGGGCGACGGCCGAGGACUCCUGCGCCGCGCGAGGCAGUCUGCAGCCUGCCCCGGCCCAGCCCCCUGGGGACCUCGCGGCCCAGGCCUCGGUCAGCAACGGCGAGGACGCGGGCGGCGGCGCGGGCAGGGAGCUGGUGGACCUGAAGAUCAUCUGGAACAAGACUAAGCACGACGUGAAGUUUCCCCUGGAUAGCACAGGCUCCGAGCUAAAACAGAAGAUUCACUCGAUUACAGGUCUCCCGCCUGCCAUGCAGAAAGUCAUGUAUAAGGGACUUGUCCCUGAGGAUAAGACGUUGAGAGAAAUAAAAGUCACCAGUGGAGCCAAGAUCAUGGUGGUUGGCUCCACGAUAAAUGAUGUUUUAGCAGUAAACACACCCAAAGAUGCUGCCCAGCAGGACGCAAAGGCCGAAGAGAACAAGAAGGAGCCUCUCUGCAGGCAGAAACAACACAGGAAAGUGUUGGAUAAAGGAAAACCUGAAGAUGUGAUGCCGUCUGUUAAGGGUGCCCAGGAGCGCCUGCCAGCUGUACCCUUAUCCGGCAUGUACAAUAAGUCCGGGGGAAAAGUGAGACUUACCUUUAAGCUAGAACAAGACCAGCUGUGGAUCGGCACUAAAGAGCGGACUGAGAAAUUGCCCAUGGGUUCCAUUAAAAAUGUGGUCAGUGAACCUAUCGAAGGACACGAAGACUACCACAUGAUGGCGUUUCAGUUGGGCCCCACGGAAGCCUCUUACUACUGGGUGUACUGGGUUCCAACUCAAUAUGUGGAUGCAAUCAAAGACACUGUGCUGGGGAAAUGGCAGUAUUUUUGAAAGCACUUUCACCUCUGGCCCAGGAGACUGACCCAAAGUGAAGGACAUUGCUGGGAGAGGCCUGCAGCAUCCCUGGAUUUCAGAGUUCUGGAACUUUGUUCAAAAAAAAUCUAUAUCCACUCUAAGGUGAUGUGGUGACUGAAGCCAGAGGUGAUGUACUUUCACCAUUAGCUUAAUUUUAACUUAAAAUCACCGGUUCCCUUUCUUGCAGUCAGCUUCAUACCAUUUUUAAAAGUCAAUAUGGUGGAAAUCAAUAAAUCUGAAUUCUGAACAUGUUGUGUGGAAUACUCUUAAGUGUGUUUGAGAGUAGAUCUACCAAAUUUGUUUAGAAAGGAAUGAUCGAAAGCUUUCUGGUUUCUUUCUUUUUUUUUUUUUUUGUUUUUGUUUUAAGUGAUUUCACCUGAACUAUUUUCAUGAAUCUUUGGUUGCAAACAUUUGGACUGCGUUGUGAUGAGUUGGGGUGGGUUUUUCCCUCUCUUAUAUGAAAUUGUAUGCAGAAUGUGGGGUUAGUAAGCCAUAUUUCUCUGUCCAUUGAUUCAGAAUGAAUUCUUUCCCUUUUUAUUUUCCCACUUCCUAGAUUGGAAUUUAUGUUUUAAAAACCCAAAGAUGUCAGUUGCUCCUUUUGUACCUCAUUGCCACCUCCUUUCCUGGCUUCCCUCUCGCCACGCUGCUGCUCGUGAACACGAGGCGGGAGAGGAAGAGCUGUGGGUCUGGUCGGGGUCGCUCACACUGGCCGUGGUGAUUGUUGAGCAACAGAGUGUGUCGCGGUGACUCCUGUCUGAACGUCUUGCCCUUUGGGCCCCGAUCUCUGGGGAGAUCCACUGCCGCUUUGACGGUUGUCUGCAGCCCUCACUGGUUCGGCUUUGAGGCCCGGCCUGGCACAGGUGUGCCUGGGUAGGCCGACAAAGACCUCUUUGAGAGGAGCCAGGUGGAAGCCAGCUCUACAGCCCUACAGCCACAGACCCAGAUCGUUCUUUCCUUAGAAGUUUCGAGAAAUUCUUCAGCAGUCCGAUGAUUCUUUCAAGUACGCGUCUCCAUUGGGCCCUUCUGCUCAUGCAUUAUGUUCAAGUGUCCUUCAUCCCAGGUUCAGAGAUGCUGCCUUUCUCAAGAAGAAGACAUCUGACCUAGUGGGUUGGCCGAUGUAUUUAAACAUCGAAAAUGGGAUAAGUGGCUUUCGUGAUUAGCUCUCCCUCUUCUGGGUUUAGCCCUUGUGUUCUUUGUCCACGUGAAGUUCUGUUGUCUCCCGAUGGCUUGGUUGACUCUGGAAUGAGGGACGGUCUCUUGGUGAAUGAUACCCUUCGUGCUGUUCGCUGUUGCUCUGCUGCUGUCUUUGCAAUUCUCCUCUCACUGGUGCAGGCCCUCAUAGUAAGGUUUGGCGAGAGAUGUUCCAAACUUCACAUUCUGGAUUCUAGACUGUUAACCCCUCAUUCUGUGAAAUGUAUUAGCAUGUGUUCGCCUAAGAUGACUGUUCCUUGUGAGCCAGUUUAUGGUGAUAUUCUGCGCCCUUCCCUUCUAAGCUGUAGUUCAGGAAUCCAGCCCAUCCAGACAGACUCUUGCUUUUCGUGGUGUAGUCAAUGCCAAGUUAUGCAUCUGGGCAGGAAAAUCUACUCUUGCUUUUUUGGGGGGCAUAAGUAUGUACGGGAAGUGUAGUGUUCGGGAAACUGCCUGUUUUUCGUCCUUGAAAAAGGAGCAGUGACUGUAGCUUUUCUGUCCUCGUUGGCCCGCAGCUCCUGGAGAAAAGAGUGCUUCUUUGCUACUUGUUGAAGCCUCCCUCUGCAGUUGACAGGCCUACAGAGGAAACGGUCACGUAGCAGGAAGAGCGUCACCUCUGUUUGAAUACUGCCCUUUCUGUCGGCCGGCGUCCCUGUCCCGGGGGCUUGUCCUGACGGUGCCACACGCCUGCUUUUGGUCUCUUGCAGCACGCGUCUCCGUCCCCAGACUGGCCGCGUGGGGCUGCUCUCUGAGGCCCUUCCUGCCAGGUCUCCUCACUUGCCCCACUCGUGCAGCUGCCCGUGCCACCUGCCGCCCCUCCCUCCCGGCGACAGCGUGUGUCCCGUCCGUCUCCCUGCUCCCCGAGGGCCAAACCGCCUCUCGCUCAGGCUGGUGUCAUCUCAAGACAGGACCAAAGCCUGUGUGAGCCUUUUUAUUUUAAGUAAAAUGGUGCUUUUUUCCUUACUUGGAGAUAUAUAAAUAAUGUAAAUGACAUCUUUUUGUAUGGACCUGUCUGAGUGUUGCUUUACAGAGCUCACUAAAUCUGCUGGAACCAUCUUGGGCUCUGGCUCCCGACUCCGUGGAGACCUUGCUGGAAGCCCCGGAGAGCCGAGGGGGCGGCACCAGGAGCCGCUGGGAGGAGUGUUGGGUGUAGAGCCAUGCCUGGGUCCCAGCAGUAUUCACUAGCUUGUCACUCGGCCCCGUGAGUGGUUGCUUCAUCAUCAUCUUACGGUCCAGAACGUACUGACUAAACCUGUGUUAGCAAACUGAGACUCUUUGCCCUUCGGUAGCCUCACGGUGUUCAUUUUUCCCUCAGGAUGCUUUCUGGGCAGAGCCCUGGCUGUGGUCUCCCCGCUGCGGCCCGGGGCGUGCGUGCAGGGCGGCGUGGCCGGGGCUGCUGCUUUCUCUCAGGAGGUCGUGCCGGCAGUCCCCCUGCAGGGCUCGCUCGCGCGCAGGCAACCUGCCUUUCCUUCCCUCCCUGCGGCGACUUGGCAGGAUAGUGACCAGCUGGUCCCUGCGGCGGCCUGGCCCCUCCGCUCUGUUCCAGUCAGUCUGGUCAGAAAAUGUAGAAAGACAGUCCCGACACCUGCUGGAACUCUUUGGUAUUAAGUAUUUUAAUCGAUGACAGGCCUUUUGCAAGUAGCAUUAACUCUUUUUAAAUGAAGUCGAACUGAACUAAGGAUGCACUUUCUCCAGAGUUGCUGCUUUAGAUUACAAGGGGCAAGGAGACUCACUUUGCCACGUCUCUGAAAAGUUGCCGUAUUUCAGCCGGAAGGGGCUGCCUUUCUUCUUACUUCACUCUAACCACGUGCCUGGAGGAGUGGUCCCAGGCUCCCGCACUUGGCCCGCCCUCUUUGCCGGGGGCAGGGAAGGGCGUGGGAUGGACCCCCGGGUGCCAAGGGCCACGCAAGGGCGGCUUGCUUUCCACCGCAUCCUCUGAGGGACGCCUCUUUCUCUCCUUGCCUCUGCUCAUGCCUGUUGUCUUGGGAAAGGAUGGUCCCUUUGUCUUAAGGCUUUGUGAAAGAGUCAUCUCCAGUGAAGACUGGCCCCUGUUUCCUUCUUAGAGGGGCCUGGUGGCCUUUCUGAGGUUAUAGGCGGUCAGGAGCCCUCCAAAGCGCACGACGUCUGGCAAAUUUACCUGCCAGGCUGGGUGGUUCUACUGCUUUCUGAAUUUCUAAAAAUCUCUUUCUUUCUUAACCAGUUCUGCAGAAUUAUUUGACAAUAUACAUAAGUACCAUGUUUUCCUUGUGGUGUACGCUCUGUUCUGGUUUUUGUUUUUAAUCAAAUGCCUGUUUGGGAGGAGAUGAACGUAUUUAGUCUAUUAGAUUUGCGCUGCUGGAUUUUUUUUUUAAGUGUAACCUUGACUAGCUGUCUUAUUGUUUAUCCUGUAAGAUUAGUCUAUCAAUUAAAGUUUGAUAAUUAA